AUGAGAGUUACAGAAAAGGAAGUGAAUAAAAAUAUUAUUGUAUUAUUAUAUAUUAUUUUCAUUGGACCUUUGUCGAUUGCACUGUUCUUGUAUGGCUUCUUUCCUUUGGUAAAUUAUGAUAAUACUAAAGCAACACAAGAUAAUGUACCAAAAUUUAUAGAAAAUGUGAGAAUAAAAACAAAUACAUUAUAUCAACCAAUGGUAAAAAAAUUGAUCAUUAUGGUUAUUGAUGCAUUGAGAUGGGAUUUUAUAACAGGAUCAGUGGGAAAGGUUGCAAUGCAUGUAACCAGUAGCCUCUUAGCAAAUUCUUCAGCUUGUUUAUUACAAGCCAAAGUACAGCCCCCAACUGUUACAAUGCCUAGAAUAAAGGCAAUUACCACUGGUACAAUACCAAAUUUCAUUGAUGUUGCUUUAAAUUUUGGGAGUAAACCAAUUUCUAGCGAUAGUGUACUUUAUCAAGCAAAACAGGCUGGUUAUAAAUCAGUAUUUUAUGGAGAUGACACUUGGGUCACAUUAUUUCCCUCUAUAUUUGAUCGUUACGAUGGUACUACAUCAUUUGUUGUAACAGAUUUUACAGAGGUUGAUAAUAAUGUGACUAGGCAUUUAGGUAAAGAAUUAUAUAGUAACAAUGACUGGUCUGUAAUGAUCCUUCAUUAUCUAGGACUUGACCAUAUUGGUCAUGUUCAUGGACCAUUCAGUUCACUCAUUAAAACUAAACUUAAAGAAAUGGAUGGUAUAAUUGCAAGGAUUCAAUCUAAGGUUCAAGAAUGGAAUCGAAAUAAUGAUUCUACUUUAUUUAUUAUUUGUGGGGAUCAUGGUAUGAAAGAUUCUGGUGGUCAUGGUGGUUCAACAACAUCAGAGACGCUUGUACCUUUCAUUGCAAUUGGUGGAGAAUGUCUUCAAAAUCCCAACAAUUUCAGAGAAAUAUCACAAGUAGAUAUUGCAUCCACUUUGUCUGUUAUCUUGGGAAUACCAAUACCAUUUUCCAACAUAGGAACUGUCUUUGUAGACAGUAUAUACGAUUUGCCUAUUGCAAAAAGAUUAUUCAUACUUUAUUACAAUGCAAAACAAGUGUUGACUCAUUUCCAACAGCUAGUUGACUAUAAGUCUCAAUAUGCAUAUCAGAAAUAUUUGGAGGCAAUAAAGCUUCAUAAUGCAUGGUUGAACACUAAAGAUCAUCCAAAUGACAUGACAGAUGAUAUUGUGUCUUCCUAUCAAACUGCACUAAAGGGAAUGAAAGAAAUGCUCAUAAAUAGUGCAGUAAAAUAUGAUUUCCAGUUAAUAACAGUAGCCAUAUUUUUCUUGAGUCAUAUUAUUUACAUUCUAAUGGGGAAAGUAUUCUCUCAAUCAGUUUCCUUAAAAAAUCUCACAUUUUUCAUUGUUUCAAAUAUACUGUCUUGGAUAUUGGUAAAUUAUUUCUGGAGUUGUGAAGACAUAUCAUUACUCCAGUCAAAGAGCUCGAUCACCAUUGUCAUAGUAUCAUGUAUAAUAAUUGUAUCAAUUAUAAAUUCUUACUUACUUGCCAGCAUAAAAGAUUUCAACUUUCUUUCAUUCGAGAAAACUGAAAAUUGGAUAGGAAAGUGGCUGCUUGUAUUUGGUGCACUUGUGCAUACAAUUAGCCUUGGUGGUAGUAGCUUCGUGGAGGAAGAACAUCAAACUUGGUAUUUCUAUUGGGCCACAAUCCUUGUACUCUUACUCUACAACUCGAUUACCAAAUUUUUUUUACAUCUACGAUCCCACAAAAAUUACCAACAAUACGUACAGGCGCAAAUUUGUAUCAAACUUUUGUUGCUACUGAUAGGACAUAGAAUUCUUCGAAAAUUAAACAGCACAGGAGAUAAAUACGCUCAUCUUCCCGAUAUAGCCGGUUUUUUAAUUGAAGAAGAAACCACGUUGGGCAUGACGAUUGUGCUCAUUACCGGUCUUGCACUCUUGAUAUGGAUCGACUUUAUUCACGAGGAUAAAAAGUACAAACAACAGUCGUUAAUAUUGAAUUCCAUAGCUAGUACGUGUAUUUAUCUUCGUCAUAUGUGUAACAAUAACGUUAUCAAAAUACCAUUUUACCCUCAAUCUAGAGGUACAUACGAAGUACAAAUUUAUUUGUUUCUACUCGCAAUAAAUACUCUGAAUUAUGUUUAUCGUUUGGCAGUGACGAUCAGAUACAAUAGGAUAAUCUUUUUAAGAAUUACAUUGCAUUUUAUCGUACGAAUGUGGAUCAUGAUCACAGCGAUCCUCCAUCAACCCCAUAAUCUCAUACUUUUGCCGUUCGAGAUUAUUUUCAGUAGUGUAAUUCGCGAGAUAGUUAAAAGCGACGUUGCGCAAGAUAUCAACACGUUUCUGUAUGCUUGGAUUGGCAAUAUGUUUUACUUCUACCAGGGGAAUUCUAACAGUUUAGCGACUAUUGAUGUGGCCGCCGGUUAUGUCGUUAUACAGUCGUAUAUGCCAUUUAUAAACGGUUCAAUGUUGCUAACUAUUACCUAUUCGGCACCGGUUCUGGCUUACCUUUUGUUCGUUUAUCAUGCAAUUUUGCAGCAUCCUUACGAUACACAAGAGAUCGUUUCACAAAUUAGCAAAACAUAUGUUACUUGGAGAUUGCUGCCUGUAGCUAUUUACACGAUUAUAAUCAGUAUUCAGCGGCAUCAUUUAUUCGUGUGGUCAGUAUUCUCGCCGAAAUUAUUAUACGAGGCUGUACAUUCCAGUAUUAUCUGUUUCGUCACGUUUAUCGUGUUAAUUUUGAUCACAUUACAAAGGACAAUAAACGAUUGUAAAAGAUGA